UUGUCAAAUUGCACGUGUGUUUGUUUAUCAUUUUGCCUGACGAUUUGUAGUGAAAAUCCCGGGAAAAUGGUGAAAAACAAGUGGACAGAGCUGGCAAAGCCCCUCCACAGUGCCAUACUGGAGACGAUUGAGGAAUUUGGAUUCCAGAAUAUGACUCCAGUUCAGGCCGCCACAAUCCCGCUCCUGAUGGCCUGCAAAGAUGUGGCUGCUGAAGCUGUGACUGGAUCUGGGAAGACGCUGGCAUUCCUGGUGCCUUUGCUGCAGGUUCUGCUGAAGAGACACCAAGAAACACCCUGGAAGAAGACGGAAAUCGGUGCUAUAGUCAUAUCGCCGACUCGUGAACUCGCCACACAGACUUCAGAAGUCCUACGAAGUUUCCUGGAACACUCUGAGAUGUCGAUAUUUACCCAGAAACUCCUCGUUGGCGGAAAUAGUGUGGAGGAGGACAUAGAGAGCUUGAGAAGCAGAGGCGCUUUGGUGUUGAUUUGCACUCCUGGCCGACUUGAGGAUCUUCUGGAGAGGAAAGGCCAGCUGAAUCUCGCCGCUCGCGUGAAGAGUCUGGAGAUUCUGAUUCUCGAUGAGGCGGAUCGUCUCUUGGAUCUGGGAUUCACCGCGACAAUCAACACGAUUCUCAGUUAUUUGCCGCGACAGAGACGAACUGGCCUCUUCUCGGCCACGCAGACAAAGGAAGUGACGGAUCUUAUGAGAGCUGGUCUCAGGAAUCCUGUGGUCGUGAGUGUCCGUGAGAAGGCCUCCACCAGCACACCUGUCCUGCUCCAGAACUAUUACAUAAUUGUUCCAGCCGCGGAGAAGCUUCUGCACUUGUUGGCAUUCAUUAGACAGAAGAACAUCCAGAAGUCCAUGCUCUUCCUGCCAACGUGUGCCUGUGUUGAGUACUGGUCACAAGUUUUUCCGCGUCUCCUCAAAAACACCAACAUUUUAGCGCUGCACGGGAAGAUGAAGAAGCAAAGAGGGAAGAUCCUUAACAGGUUUCGUGAUGCCUCCAAUGCCAUGUUGCUCUGCACGGACGUCUUGGCGCGCGGAGUAGACAUUCCAGAGGUGGAUUGGGUCCUCCAGUGGGACCCACCGUCAAAUGCCGCCUCGUUUGUCCACCGGGUUGGACGCACAGCACGCCAAGGAAACACCGGAAACGCUCUGAUAAUGCUUCUGCCCACGGAAGAUGCUUACAUUGAGUUCCUGAAGAGAAACCAGAAAGUCUCUCUAGAUGCCCUGACCAUAGUGCCCAAGAGUGAUCUUUCUCACCUCAAUAAGCAACUCCACAGGAUGCAAAUAGAGGAUCGUGCGCUCUUUGACACCGCCAAUCGAGCUUUCGUCUCUCACAUUCGAGCCUACAGCAAGCAUGAGUGCAGCCUUCUUCUCCGCUUGCAGGACGUUCCUCUGGGCAGCGUGGCCAUGAGUUAUGGGCUGUUGAAGCUGCCAAAGAUGCCAGAGAUCAAACAGGUGCACCGGGAAGAGUUCACUGGACCAGAGAAUGAGAUAGAUUUCACUGAGAUCGCCUACAAAAAUUCCCAGCGCGAGCAGACCAGACAAGAGAAGCUGUCUGUGUACCAGGAGACUGGUGUGUGGCCAGGUAAGAAGCCGAAGCGCAAGAAGCAGACGGAAUCUUGGGAGUUGUCGAAGCAGAAGAAGCUGGAGCGCAAGGAGAAACGAAAGCAGCGUAAGGAGAAGCAGCAGCUGAAGAAACAGUCUGAGAGUGUCAAGAAGGCGCCAAAAAGGACAAAGGGACUUUCCGAGGAGGACUUGGCUGAGCUGGCUAACGACAUAGCGCUGCUGAAGCGUGUGAAGAGAAAGAAGAUGACAGAGGAGGAGUUUGAUGCAGAAAUAGGAUUUAAUUCAGACUAA